AUGAGUAUGUACUAUCAUGUGAUCUCGGCCUUCAUCAUGCCAAUGGUUAGAGCUGAUGCAUCCGUCUGCAUCAAGGUACUACUGAAUGCGACGGAGGCACACUUUGGGUUCAGGCCGACUUAUAGGAGGAUUUGGUUGGCAAAGCAGAAGGCCGUCGCCCAUAUUUACGGUGAUUGGGAUGAGUCAUACAAUGAGCUACCGCGUGCUGAGGACGAGUCCUGUUCAAGUGGCGGGCAGGUCGAUGGCUCGCAAGCCCAUUUUCACUGGCUUUUCUGGACGUUUCCACCAUCUAUUGAGGCAUUCUGGCAUUGCAAGCCAUUGGUGAGUAUUGAUGGGACCCACUUGUAUGGUAAAUAUGGGGGUACGUUGCUUGUCGCGAUUGCACAGAACGGGAACUCCAACAUCCUGCUUGUUGCAUUUGCACUCGUGGAGGGUGAGAAUGCGGAGUCCUGGUCGUUUUUUCUAUCCCAUCUCCGGCAGCACGUGACCCCGCAAAUGGGUCUAUUAGUUAUAUCAGAUAGGCACAAUGGGAUCAAGGCUGCACUUGAGGCUCCUGAUGGAGGAUGGCUACCUUCUGCUAUAUACCGUGCAUUCUGUAUUCGACAUGUGGCCGCAAAUUUUGCCCUCACAUUCAAGGGCAAGGACCCAAGGAGGCUUCUUGUGAAUGUAGCUUAUGCCAAGACUAAAGUUGAAUUCGAAUACUGGUUUGAUAUUCUGCGGUCUGAAGACCCUGACAUGUGUGACUGA